AUGGAGUUUAUGGUUCUACUAGUCAGUUUCAUGGUCACUGCUUUAGCUGCAACCAACCUAGGAUCAUCACACCGAUAUGACUGUAAUUCGAUUAAAUGCACUUACAAGCUUUGCACAAAUACUUUAGAUGGUACACAAAAUUGCACUACUAGCGAUUCCAUUCCUAAAAAUAUAUCACACAAGAGAAGAGCAUCUUCCUACAGGUAUUCAUGUGCUUGGAAUACUGGAGUAUAUAAAUGCACCCAUAUACGAUGCACCCAAGAUUUCGGCGGUCAUAAAAAUUGUACCACAAGCGUUACUACCCCAAAUUAAAGAUGGAAUUAAGUAAAUAAACAAAUUAAG